AAGCUGCCAAGCUGGACGUCACCGAUUCGCUCCGCCCCUCCACGCCCCCCUCAGAACCCGGUGGCGUACCGGCAGCGCUCGGCCAGGAGGAGCAAUAUGUGAGCGAGGGCGUGUCAUUGGAGGAGGCACCGGGUGACAUCAUCUACAGGGACGCCGGGACCAUUACAGAUGUGUGUAACAGCACUGACCUUCCAGAGGUGGAGAUCAUCAGCCUCCUGGAGGAGCAGCUGCCUCUCUACAAGCUGAGGGCGGACACCAUUUUCGGGUAUGACCACGACGACUGGCUGCACACGCCCCUCAUCUCCCCUGACGUCAGCAUCGACCUCACCACCGAGCAGAUCGACGAGACGCUCAAGUACUUCUUGCUAUGUGCUGAAAGAGUGGGCCAGAUGACUAAGACAUACAAUGACAUCGAUGCUGUCACACGUCUGCUUGAAGAGAAAGAGCGGGAUUUGGAGCUGGCCGCCCGGAUUGGCCAGUCGCUCCUGAAGAAGAACCGGACUCUCACGGAGCAGAACGAGUUCCUGGAGGAGCGGGUGGGGAUCGUUCGGGACGAGAUCGCACAGCUGCGCCACGAGCUCUCCAUGAAGGAUGAGCUCCUCCAGUUCUACACCAGCACCGCGGAGGAGAGCGAGGGAGAGUCCGCCAGCUCCACCCCAUUACGGCGAAACAAAUCUGUGCCAAAUUACUUCCCCAUGGACUCCCUGCAGAGGAAGCUCAAAGACCUUGAGGAGGAGAACAUCGUACUCAGAUCAGAAGCCUGUCACCUGAAGACCGAAACGAUCUCGUACGAGGAGAAGGAGCAUCAGCUUGUGAACGACUGCGUGAAAGAGCUCAGGCAGUCCACCCUCCAGAUCUCCUCCAUCGCCGAGGAGCUGGCCCGGAAGACGGAGGACGCUGCCCGCCAGCAGGAGGAGAUCACGCACCUCCUGUCCCAGAUUGUGGACCUUCAGAAGAAGGCCAAAUCUUAUUCGGUUGAAAACGAGGAGCUCAGCCAGCAUUUGGCGGCAGCAAAAGAUGCCCAGCGGCAGCUCACCGCUGAGCUGCUGGAGCUGGGGGAGAAGUACGCUGAGUGCGUGGAGAUGCUCCACGAGGCUCAGGAGGAGUGUAAGAACCUGAGGAACAGGGUGUUCCCCAACAGCACCCCCCGCCGCGUGCACCCCCUCGGCCUCUUCCCCCUGGACUCCCUGGCCGCAGAGAUUGAAGGCACCAUGAGGAAGGAGAUGCAGCUGAACGACCCUGAAAUGGAAGAGCAGAAGACCCACCACAAGCGCGUGUUCGAGACCGUUAAGAACAUAAACCAGACGGUGAUGCUGCGCUCGCCGGCCUCCUCGACCGCGAACAUCCCGGGUUCCAACCAGCCGUCCUCGCUGAACUCCGGCACGCCCCCGUCCAGCUGGUACGCCGGUGACCUCAGCAGCGUUGGCAUCGGCAACCGCUCCAGCGGCGUAAUCCUGGAGUCCCCCGACAGCAGCAUGGACGACUCCAAUAAGAAUCCGGGCGCUCAGAGCUCCCGGGACCUGGAGCUGGCCCUGCGGCGGCUGUCCCUGCGGCGGGAGAACUUCCUGAGCGAGCGGCGCUUCUUCGAGCGGGACCGCGGGCGCAAGCUGCGGGAGCUGUCGGAGAGCGGCGGGGGGCGGAGCGGCGCCCUCACACCCAUCGAGAGCAUCAUGUCCCUGGGGACCCACCCCUCCGGCCUGGUGGGCUACUCCCUGGUCAGCCGCUCCUACCUGCCGGACAAGCUGCAGAUCGUCAAGCCCCUGGAAGGCUCGGCCACUCUGCACCAGUGGCAGCAGCUGGCACAGCCCAACCUGGGUGGCAUCCUGGACUCUCGGCCAGGCGUGGUGCCCAAGGGCUUCCGCCCGCUGGAGCUGGACCUGGAGGAGGUCUACCAGUUCUCCGACUUCGAGGAGGACGAGCCCGGCGAGCUGUUCUUCCAGAACCUUCCGACGUCUGGCCCCGUUCCCCCGCUCUGCCGCAGCCGCGCCUCCUCUUGCUCCUCCUCCUCCAGCAGCAUCAACAACAACAACCAUCCUGUGGCUCAUGAGCCCGCAGCGCCUUAUUACCCAGGCAAAUGCAUGUCUCACACCAGCUCCACGUACACCUUCACCACCUGCCGCAUCCUGCACCCCUCUGACGAGCUGACGCGAGUCACCCCCAGCCUUAACGCGGGGCUCACAUCCUCCUGCAUCAUGAGCAGCAGCCGGAGGUCCACCCCCGCGGCCACGCCCUGCACCCCGCGCCGCCUCAGCCUGGCCGAGUCCUUCACCAACCUGCGUGACUCCACGAAGACCACCAGCACCUCCCUGGGCCUGGUGCGCCUCCUGCAGGAGAGGGGCAUCUCCGCAGCGGUGUACCACCCGCAGAGCUGGGACCGGGCCGGCAGCGGGGCCGCGCCCAGGCCCUGCCCGGCCCCCAGGGCCCCCGACGCCCCGCCCUCCACCCCGCCCAACUCUCCCACCGGCCCAGUCGCGGCCGCCGCCGCCAGCUCCAACGCCGACGCCCCCUUCGACUUCCGCGCCCCCAGCCCCCCCUACGACAACUUCCUGGCGUCCAAGCCGGCGCGCUCCAUCCUGCGCGAGGUGGCGGCGGAGUCGCGGGGGCGCGCCGACUGCGAGAGCCAGACCGACGUCAGCGUCUUCAACCUCAACCUGGUGGACAAGGUGCGGCGCUUCGGGGUGGCGGGGCCCGCCCCCGCGCUGGGGCCCCUGAGCGGCCUGCACCAGCUCAACGCCGGCAUGCGCCGCAACCGCACCUACCCGGCCAUGGUGGGGGCCAGCAUGGCCAUGAAGGACCCGGGGCCCGAGAGCGGGGAACUCAUCCUGGACUCCAAGCUGCCCAAACAGACCAGCCUCAAGUGACGGACAGGUCCCAGCCCCGCCCCCUCCCACAUCCGCGCUCUUCCAGUGACCUACCCACGCUGUGCCUGUUACAGACACUCUUUAUACGGCUCAUUUUCUACAAAUCCACCCCUCUCCCUGUCCUGCAGUAUCCACCACCACCGUGUAUUCUCAUCUCACGUGUCUGCUCAGGAGGCUUUGCUCUGGAGGAGCGCGUAAGCACGUGUACAGCAGCACAGGGCCUCUGAAGUAUUUCCAUGAACAUCAGAGAAGUUCGGGGUCUGCGACGCAUCCAAAUAAAGCACUUUUAUUUCCGUGGUCAGACGCGGAGGGAAUCAAGCUUUUCUCUGUUUCAUUUCCUCUCCAUCGCUCACCAUCUCCAUCUCCAUCCCUCUACAAUUCAGCCGUUCACGCGUAAAAAAUAUUACUCAUAAUGAGCGAGUCUAAUCAUGUAUGUAUUAUAUGUAUAUAUUAAAUGGGAGGUACUCGGAGUCAAGAAAAUUAUAUAAAAUUAUAUAAAUAAGUAUAUAAAAAUGUCCCCAAUGUUUGGUGACUAGGCUUUUAUAUGGUGUGGAUAGUACAAUGGCCCAGACAGAUGUUGUUGAGUUGACUGGUAUUCCAGGUUGUGGUGCCCUCUGCUGGGAUGGUUUGGAAUCGUUGGUUUAAAUGUCGACUGUUACAUCCUAUCGUGCGGUAAGAGGGCUGGCGUGGUGAGACUGAACCAAAGCAGUAGUGCCUGAUCAUUCCAGCAGUUCAUUCCGUCCUUGAUGUGGAUGCAGUCUGGUCGUCUGCCAAGCCAAACCACAAGAGCGUUUGCACCGACAGUUCUAAAGUGGCUUUACGAGGGACUCCCAUGAAUUGAUUCGACCCAGCUCUAAAUUAUAUAACAUAUUAGGCUCUGUAAUUAAGCAGAAAAGCACACAUGAAGUUUGCAAGCGUUUUGCAAAAUAAUCAAACAAAAAUGAAUCGGCUGAUCCUUUCUUAUGUAUGCACUCAUCAGCGAUAACUUGAAUUUUUCUUCUGAAUGUAUUUAGUGUCCGCAGAUAUGCUCAUUGUACUGCAUUUUAAAGUUCUGCAUUUCAAUGGUUUUACCACAUUUCUCAUCCAAGGGAAGUAUGCUACUUUUGCAAUCCUCAAUGGUAAGUAUGCAAUACUUUUUCAAUGACAAUAGAAGUAGAAAGGAACCAAGCAAGACUUGCGCUAUAACACAAAAAUUAUUGCAUUGUAACCUUCAGGAACUUUAAAUACUGUCCUUCAUAAGUUAUCAAUAAAGAAUAUUGAUAUGGUUUCCCUCAUUCUCUCCUAGUUAUUUACUCAGCAUUUAAUUUCAGUGUAUACAGAAGGGUUCUCUUGUCUCUUUGUGGCACCUGCUGUCUGUCUGCAUCAACUGUGCAAUAAGUGUACUCCUCAAAAAAUGUGCUGCAUCAAGACUACAUUUUGAAGUAGAGGAUGUUGCAGUGAUAAGACAGACUUAAACAUAGGGAUGGGCUCUCCACACUAGGAGUGGAGAAAAGAAGGAACAUUUGGGGAUAAAACGUUAAAAGAAAGUCAAACAGACAUGAGAAUGGCACCAAACAGACUAAUCAGAUCUAAUAAUAGCAAGAUGAGGGCCAUGGUCAGAGGCAGAGCUUCUUUGAAAUAUUUUUUGCCUAUUUCCACAGAUAAACCUCAGUGAAAACUUACGUGUUUUCACCACAAGAUGGCACUCUUUUACAGCAGUUUAUGUUCAAUAAUUAAUUUUUGUUCAUAUCAGAAUUGUAUGGUAAUUUGUCAACCUUCAGAAUGCAAGUGAAUGCAACGUGUGGUCGGUUCACUGUAAUGCACUUUAAGAUCACUGGAUGUAGAUCGCUAUGUAAAUAAAAUAUACUCCAUUA